GCCUCUCCAGUUUCUCUUUCGCACCUUUCUGUCUCCGCUCUUCAUACUCACGCUUCUCUGCUAUUUUAAUCAGAUCAACAGAAAAAAAAAAAGAAAAAGAAAAGAAAAAGACGAAUUCUCUCUUUAUUUUUUUUUUCAGAAAUUCGCUGAGAAAAUCUGCCAAAAUAGAGAAAGAAGAAGCAAAAGUAAUGGCCGUGCAGUGGAUAGACAGGGGAGAUCUAUGGAAGAACAAGGCUCGCGUUUUACAGCUCCAGCUCAGGCAGCGGUUCAGGGUAGCGGUUGAUCGCCAUCGCCGCCACCGUCAUUCGAUGUUCGCUGAUCGUUACUUCUCCUCCACGGUCCAACGCUGGCUCCGUCGUUUCCGUGACUUCCGUCGCGAUUCUCUCCCUUCUUCCUCCGCUUUCAACCUCAAACGAGUGAGUAAGGACUUUAAUGUGGAGGAGGAUUCAGUUGUUUUGCGAACGCUUCAAGCUGUGGCUGUUCCUUUGAUAGGAAAUGUUUGCCACGUUUUCAUGAAUGGUCUCAAUCGCGUUCAAGUUUAUGGCCUCGAAAAAUUACACUACGCAUUGCUUAAUAGACCCAAGAACAAACCCCUUGUAACGGUAAGCAAUCAUGUUGCAUCGGUUGAUGAUCCGUUUGUCAUUGCGUCGCUGCUUCCUCCGAGAGUUCUUCUGGAUGCUCAGAACUUGAGAUGGACACUGUGUGCAUCAGAUCGAUGUUUCAGUAAUCCUGUGACUUCUGCAUUCUUUCGAUCUGUAAAAGUGUUGCCAGUGUCUCGUGGUGAUGGGAUUUAUCAGAAGGGCAUGGACAUGGCUAUUUCAAAGUUGAAUAGUGGUGGAUGGGUUCACAUCUUCCCAGAAGGCAGUCGUUCCCGAGAUGGUGGAAAAACUGUGAGGUCUUCCAAGAGAGGUGUUGGGAGGUUGGUUCUAGAUGCAGACAAUACCCCAAUUGUCCUGCCAUUUGUGCAUACUGGAAUGCAAGAUGUUAUGCCUAUAGGAGCCAAUUUCCCAAGGAUUGGCAAGACGGUGACAGUUCUAAUUGGAGACCCUAUACAUUUUGAUGAUCUGCUCAAUGUGGAAGAACCCGUAGAUGCAUCAAGAGGAAAAUUGUACGAUGCUGUGGCCUCUAGAAUCGGGCAUCACCUGCAGAACUUAAAAGUACAAGUUGACAAAUUAGUGCUCGAGCAAUCUAUCCGGUUGGAAAAUCAUCACAUCAAUGCUGCAAAAAGGACAGCUGAUAUCCUGCAUCAGGUAGAUUGGGAUCCAUUUGGCUUAGGAAGCAAUGAAUGUAUGGUGGAUGAAUCAUCAGGACAGGAAACCAAAGUCCAGCUGAAGCCAAACGCUGUUACCUCUUCAGAAGAGUGCUCUCCCGAUGAUCAUCGAUAUUUUAGAAUGGGGUUUUCUUUUGAAGGUGGGAUUGCAUCAAGGAUUCGCAGUUACAUGGAUCCAACCGAACUGAUGGGUUUUGCAGCAAGAGGCUUGUUCAUGAACCCCAGAGCAAAGGAAAAUUCUGCUAGCAUUAGGGACAUACGCCCGCUGAGGGUUUGGAAACAGUUUUUGGAAGCUAAUUUGUUAGUUCAACAGUGGAAUACCUGCUAAAAUGUACCCUGUAGAAUCUGUAAAUCAAAAUUUUGAUAUUCAACACUCACCAUUAGCCCUUUCACAAUAAAAUGUGUAGCUCUCUAUCACCUUUAA